GUGACAGAAUGGUGUGUUAAUUAGACAGUCCCCGAAAAGAUAGGAGACCAAAAUCUUUCCCCUAAAAAAUCUCCUCUUCUUUCCCGCCUUUCUCCUUCCUAAUUCCAGUUUCAAGUAGUAAUAGCAAAUCAUUUCAAAUGAUUCCUCGCCUUUUCUUCUCCGUCUUCUUCCUUGUGCUCUCUGCCUCUUUCCCUAUCAGCAGUGGGAGUGAAGAAAAGGAAAAGACUUUAGCUAUGAUCAAGCCAGAUGGAUUGCUAGGUAAUUACACUGAAAGAAUAAAGGAGGUUAUUGUGGAUUAUGGGUUUAGCAUCUUGAGGGAAAUUACCGCUCAACUUGACCAAGACAGUGCUGCAAGCUUUUACGCUGAACACUCUUCAAGAAGUUUCUUUCCAAGUCUUAUCAAAUACAUGACAAGUGGUCCAGUUUUGGUCAUGCUCUUGGAGAAGGAAAAUGCAAUUGCUGAUUGGCGCACUUUGAUUGGACCAACUGAUGCAUGCAAAGCUAAGAUUACUCAUCCUAACAGUAUCAGAGCAAUGUGCGGGCAGGAUUCAGAAAAGAACUGUGUUCAUGGUUCAGACUCUCUCCUAUCAGCUCAAAGGGAAAUCUCAUUUUUCUUUGAAGAUGUAUCUUCAGGUGAAACAAAUACAACACAUGAUGAGCUCUAGCAGCUGGUAAACACUCAGACAAAUUACAUGUUUUUUCAAGUCUCUUUACUCUCUCGAACCCACACAUGCUACAGCAGCUGCAAUGGCUGAAGUUUUAUGGUGGUUAGCCAUCUGCUGUUAAAAUAGACUUUCGAAUUUACAGUUUCAUUGAAUUUCCUUUUUUUUGCUUCCUGUUUUUGUUGUCCUUUUAUUUUGAGUACAAUCUUAAAAAAGGCCGAUUCAUCACAAUACUCAUGAAAAGUAAUUGAAUGGAAGUGCUAUAAUUAGUUGCCAUUUCAUAGAUAUACAAGGGGAACACCAAAUAUUUUGUUUUCUCCCAA